AUCCACCACUGUCCCCCAACUGCUCAACAGUUUUGCCAGUCCGUGUGUAGCUUCAGGAUGGGAUGCAGUGGAGGAUUGGGCAUUGAGAUGCAAGACUACAUAACAAAUUCAUUUCUCUUUCCACUAAUAUUUGAUCUAUUUGGUGUAAUAACGUUUGAAAAUAGCUGAGCCAGGCAAUCACCUUAGCCAACUAGUGGUGGAGUGCAAUGAACCCGUAUAUCUGCCCUCUUACAGUUGGCAUGGGUCUUGGCAUUGGGUGGUGGGGACACGCGGGCGGGGUUAGAGCAAGGGUGUGUUGGUUGUGGCAGCGGGUGGGGAGCGGACAGUGUGGGUGCGUAGCAGGGUUGGCGCGUGCUGGGCUGGGGGUUAUGAGAGGUGGGGUGUUAUAGCAAGGGGGGGGGGGGUGUCAAUGGGCAACCCUCACUAGGCUACCAUUAUGCCGUAAUCCUGCUCCGCUUUUCUGGAAAACCUGAAUAGCACUAGAAUCACUGACUCAAUUUUUGGAUCUCAUUUUCAUGACAAAGCGAUUGGCCAGCCCUCCCCGAGGCCCUUGGUUCUGGGAGCGCAGUGGCCUGCCGUAUAAAAGGAUCCGGUGCGUGUCCACACACACACUCACCCAGACUUCAAACACCUCCACCUCCACCUAACACCAACCAGUGUGUGACGUCCACAAUGGGCAGGAUCAUCUUUUACGAAGACAAGAACUUCCAGGGUCGCCGGUAUGAGUGCGACAGCGACUGCUCAGACUUCCAUGCCUACCUGAGCCGCUGCAACUCCAUCCGCGUGGAGAGUGGAGCCUGGGUGGUGUACGAACGCCCCAACUACAUGGGCUACCAGUACGUGCUGACCCGGGGAGAGUACCCAGAGUACCUGCGCUGGAUGGGCCUCAACGACCGCCUCAGCUCCUGCAAGAUGGUCCAUUUUACCAGCGGCGCCCAGUAUAAGAUCCAGUUCUACGACAAGCCCGAGUUUGCUGGCCAGGCCUACGAGGCCACAGAAGACUGCCCGUCCGUGCCGGAGCGCUUCCGCCUGCGGGAGGUCCACUCCUGCAAGGUCAUGGAGGGUUUCUGGGUCUUCUAUGAGCACCCCAACUACCGCGGGCGCCAGUACUUCCUGGAGAAAGGCGAAUACUGCAAGGCAGCCGACUGGGGUGCAGUCUGUGCCACGGUCCAGUCCUUCCGUCGCCUCACCGAGUGACCACUCGCACUCAUCCCUUCCUCAGCACUUCCCUCCAAACUAUGAGCAGUGGGAACCUACUGGCUCAACACACUCAGAGUGCCCAACAUAUCUGUGUGCUCAGGGAUGCUGUACCUUAGACUGUGACCUAGCUCAUAUGGAAUAAAACUUAAAUUGACAGACCAA